CUUUUGUUCUACAAUUCUUGGAUUCAUUGAUUUCCUUCCCACCCUCAGUGUGAUUAAAGAUUGAAACUUUACAAUUGGGUUCUCAAAAGUUUUGGAGCAUUGAUCUGCUGGAAGAAAAUUCUGAGGCUGCAACUUCCUUUGUUCUGAAGGGUCUGGGAACCUAAGGUCAAUCAUAUUGCAUUGCAAUUAUAAAUAGGGGUGGGCUUUCUUUGUUCAAAAAGAAUCAGAAACUUGAUUCUUUUACUGGUUUCAAAUUGAAUUUGAGAGCACCCAGAUUGAGAAUUUGAGAAAAUAUGAUUUGCUGAAACUGGAAGCUUUGGCUUUUGCGGAAAAAAAUGCAGGUCUACCCAUUUGAUUAUUGGUUAUAACAUUGCAAAAGGGAUUGUUGUUGUUGUUGUUGCUGUAUAUGUUUAGAACAUUCUGAGGUGAGAAUAUGGGGUGCAUUUGCUCCAAAGGAGCCUCAGACGCUGAAAAGAUUGCUGAUUGGGAGAGAGCGCAGGAGCUUAGUAAGUCAGUUCAAGUGAUAGCUCCAGCUCCCUCUAAGAGACAGGAGGUGGUAGUAGAGGUAAUAGGUGGUGGAGGAGUUGAUGGUUCAUUUCGUCCGAAAUCUAAGGCAUCCUCGACAGUGAAUUCGGGGUCUAUCACGUCAGCAAAGGACACUGAAGAGAAGAAAAAAAGGAUUGUGGAAAGACCAACCAAUGGCCAUCACCAAAGAUGGGCAACAAUGGAUUUAGGAUCAAGUGGAAGACAUUCUGAGGUGUCUAAGAUAAUUAGCACGCCCCAAGGUGGUAAAGGGGAGCAAAGCGCGGCUGGGUGGCCGUCUUGGUUAACUGCAGUUGCAGGAGAAGCCAUCAAAGGUUGGGUGCCUCGACGGGCAGAAUCGUUUGAGAAGUUAGACAAAAUUGGACAAGGAACUUACAGCAGUGUAUAUAAGGCUCGUGACCUUGACACUGGCAAAAUCGUUGCAUUGAAGAAAGUUCGAUUUCUAAAUAUGGAUCCAGAAAGUGUACGAUUUAUGGCGAGGGAAAUCCAUAUUCUGCGUAAACUUGACCAUCCAAAUGUUAUGAAGCUUGAGGGAAUAGUUACAUCAAGGAUGUCAAGCAGCUUGUACCUUGUCUUUGAGUACAUGGACCAUGACCUUGCUGGGCUUGCAGCAACACGUAGCAUCAAGUUUACCGAACCACAGAUUAAAUGUUACAUGCAACAGUUGUUUUGUGGCCUUGAGCACUGCCAUAGUCGUGGUAUUCUUCACCGAGACAUCAAGGGUUCAAAUCUUCUGAUUGACAAUAAUGGAGUUCUUAAGAUUGGAGACUUUGGUUUGGCCACCUUUUAUGAGCCUGAUCAAGAGCAGCCGUUGACAAGCCGUGUUGUAACUCUGUGGUAUAGAGCACCUGAGCUCUUGCUUGGGGCUACAGAGUAUGGGGAUGCUAUUGAUAUGUGGAGCUCGGGUUGCAUCCUAGCAGAACUGUUUGCUGGGAAGCCUAUUAUGCCUGGAAGAACAGAGGUGGAACAAAUGCAUAAGAUUUUUAAGCUUUGUGGGUCACCCUCUGAGGACUACUGGCAAAAAUCAAAAUUGCCUCAUGCAACUAGUUUCAAACCUCAACAUCGAUACAGGCGUUUUGUUGCUGACACAUUCAAAGACUUUCCCUCUUCUGCUUUGGCUCUUGUUGAUAAACUCCUUUCAAUAGAACCAGAGAAACGAGGAUCAGCUGCAUCUGCACUUAGAAGUGAGUUCUUCACAACAAAGCCCCUACCUUGUGACCCAUCAAGUUUACCAAAAUAUCCUCCAAGCAAGGAGAUUGAUGCCAAGCUUCGAAAUGAGGAAGAAAGAAGGAGAAAAGCUGAAAAUGUAAAAGGACGUGGUGCUGAUUCUGUCAGAAGGGGUUUAAGAGAUGCCAAGGCAGUGCCAACACCAGAAUUCAACGCCCAGGGAGAUGUUUCUUUGAAGGGGCAGACUAAUCCCAAAACCUCCAGUCACAAGUACGAUCCCACGGAGGAAAGUGGGUCUGGUUUCCGGAUGGAGCCACCUAGAGGAGCUAGGAAGAAUGGCUACACUCAUUCUAGUUCAGUGGCACACACUAGUUUAGUAGGAUCAUCAUUGAACAGGCCGGGAGCCCCUGCAAGAUACAAUGGUGAGUCAAAGGCACAAAAGUCUCACAUGCCUCCGGCAGCUGCAGACCUGUCCAAUUCUCCACAUAAAGAUGAAAGAGUAGCUAGAAAAGAACCUGGAAUGGGAUAUGUACCAAAGAAGAACAGAAUCCACUACUCUGGACCAUUGAUGCCACCAGGAGGUAACAUUGAAGAUAUGCUCAAAGAGCAUGAGAGACAAAUCCAACAAGCUGUUCGUAAAGCACGACUUGACAAGACCAGAACCAAUAAAAACUACGAUGGUUACCAUUAAAGAAAUGUUUCAUGAUUCUCAAAAUUUGAAACUUCUCUUCCUUGGUAGGAAUGGAUUUUCUAUGACCUGGCUGUUCUGACCAGUGAAUCUAUCGUGCAUGCCAGCCGGAAGCUUCUUUCGUGAUCACCACAUACUGAAUAGAGAUCAUAUGCCACUAAGGUUUAAACCAAGAAUAAGGUGAUUAUAGUUCUGCCCCCCCUUCCUCCCCUAAAGAAGAAAAGAAAAAGAAAAGAGAAGAAAACAAGGCAUUCAGACGGUUGUAUGUGCUGCGGGGUUGCUUUGAAAUUGUCAAGUUAUAAGGAUCUGUGAUUAUUUCUUUGGUUGCUUAGACAUUAUGUGCAGGUUUUUGCUUUGUAUAGUAGAAAGGGUUUGUUCAAUUGAAGCCAGUAUAUACAUGCAAUGUAUAAAUAUUCAUUUUCUUUUCAUGUAUUUUACUUGUACUUACGAGAAAGGAAUAUACAGAAUUUUAGUCAAGUGUGCUGAUCUGUUAACAGUU